GUAGAUUCUAUAGAUAAAGUGAGAGACUGCUAAGAAUUCUAGAAGCUCUGCUGUGUGGUUAGGUAAGGAGCAUAUUUUUGAUAUAUCUGUCCUUAUGACAAGUUUUCUGUCUUGUGUUUUCAGGGCUCUGAGAUGUCAGAUGUGGCCAGCAGAGAGCUCCAUGCACAAGCACAAGAACAACUUCAACGCUACUUUAUGGGAAGGGCCGUAGAAGAAAGAACCCAGCAACACAGAGAAGCUUUGAUGGCUCAGAUCAGCACCAACAUUGAACAGUUGAUGAAGAUGCUGGGAGUUUUAACGGGAUUAACGAGUACUAUUGUUCAUGAAUUAUCAAAAUAUGGUGUUGACCAGAUCGUGACAGCUCCUUCAGAAGCUGAAUUACCCCAUAAAUCUGACAUGGAAUUAAAUAAUACCAUCCCGGACAAUGUUCUGGAACGGCUAUCUGAUGCAGAGAAGCUAGUGGUGGAGUUGAAGGAGAUCAUUCAGCAGAAGGACCUUCAACUCCUGCAGCAGGAUGAAAUUCUGCAGGAGGAACGAAAAGCUGCUGAUACCAAAAUUAAAAAACUGAAACUACACGCAAAAUCAAAGCUUGUGUCUUUGAACAAACAGAUGGAAAAAUUGAAAGCACAAGGAGAGGCUGCUUCGCCUAUGGACCCUCAGGCUGCAGAGCCGCUCUCUGAGGAGGAGGAAGAAACUUUAUUUGGCUUACAUUUCUGCAUUGCUGUUGAUCCUUGA